UUCUUCUUGGCCAUCAGCUCAUCAUGCCAUCGUCACGCAAACAUUCCACUGUGAGCAACCGCCCGUCGAUGGAUGGCAGGGGCAGUCUGUCCUUGAGACACAGAAACUCCAUGGCCUCUGUAGAUACGUCGAUCUCCAACUUGCUCGAUGAAAACAAUUACGAAAUGUUUUCCGGGGCAGCGUCUGAAGUCAUUCCCUCCUCCAUCUCUUCGUUUCACCAAGCCCACAAUCUCCGCCGCAGCUCCAUAGAAUCGGUUGAGCCCUACCCCGAAGACGACGACGAACGCUCCUUGCUCCGCCGCGUCACUACUAACGGGACUGCUCACUCCCAAGACAAGGCUGGCUUCAAGUUCUUUACCGUAGAUGAGAUUGAAAACGCGCCAGGGUUCGGGUCCACCCUCGAAGACCCCGAAAACCCUAUUGACUACGACACUAACUGGGAAUACUCAAAUGAUCGCGGCGACGCCCACUCGGUCGUGGAAGAGUUUAACUACGGGCUGACAGAUAACUCCCCGCGGAUGGGCUAUAGAGAGAGAUCUGCCUCUAACUUAUCGGACGACAUCCGCCUUAUGGGUGUCAGUGGCAGCGCUGACAAUGCGUCGGACAAGUCCUACUUGAGCGACGAGAGCAGCUCCAACGUCCGCAACCGCUACAGAAAGGAUUCCCUGCACGUAUUCCAGGGGUACCAGAAGGCAACAUUACACCACCAGCGGUACUACAUCGCCGAGGAGGACUUGGUGAUUGGGAUCGCCGGCUACCGAACCACAUGGCAGAAGACCGCUGUCUACUAUUUGGUGUGCUGGCUCACCUUCGGCUUAGGCUACCUUGUUUUGCGAUGGUUUCCCCGCUCACGAAUCAACAUGAAGGGUGUGCGGGUUCCGCUUGGGAACGCUGACUGGGUGGUGAUCGAGAACGAGUUUGGGGAAUUGAGCGUGUUGGACGUUGAAAAGGCAUGGUACGACAAGCGGUUGUCCAGUUUCUUGCCGUUAUCCAACGAAAGGGCCGACGAUGAGACUUCUCCGCAGCUUGAGAGCGAGAAGGACCCCGUUGUUCCGUUUUUACUCACUUUCGAGUACAGAUACCUCAAGUUCUUCUACUCGCCUAUGGAGGACAUCUUCAAGACCAAUUCCACGUGGCACGACCCCAGCUGGAUGGAUUUUGAGGCGUUGAAGGUAGGGUUGUCCAAGGAGACCCAUCGCGAACGGUUGGAGAUCUUUAGCGGAAACAACAUUAACAUCAGGGAGAAGUCCUCUCUCCAGUUGUUGGUGGACGAGGUGUUGCACCCCUUCUACAUGUUCCAGGUGUUCUCCAUCUUCUUGUGGCUCAUGGACAACUACUACUACUAUGCAUCCUGUAUCUUCAUUAUUUCUAUGGUGUCUGUUGUCCAGACGCUAGUUGAAACCAAGUCGUCGAUGAAGAAGAUGCAGACCAUGUCCAAAAACAUAUGCGAAAUCAGGGUUAGAAGAAACGAUUUCUGGAAGCAGAUUGAGUCUACCGACUUGGUUCCGGGCGACGUCUACGAAAUAGAUCCCUCCUUGGCUACCUUGCCCUGCGACUCCGUCUUGCUCAGCGGUGAUUGCGUGGUGAACGAAUCCAUGUUGACCGGUGAAUCUGCCCCGGUGUCCAAAUUUUACGCGACGGAGGAGUCCUUAUCGCAGUUGUCUGAGAACUUCAGCUCCAACGCUUUGCUGAGAUCCUUCCUUUUCAACGGAACCAAGAUCUUGAAGAUCAAGAGAAUGAACGAUGAGCCGGUCACCGCUUUGGUGGUGAAAACCGGGUUCAGCACCACCAAGGGAUCUUUGAUCAGAUCCAUGUUGUUCCCAAAGCCAACUGGGUUCAAAUUUUACCGGGACUCGUUCAAGUACAUCGGCUUUAUGUCCUGCAUCGCUGCCAUUGGGUUUGUGAUUUCCACGAUUAACUUUAUCAGAUUGGGCGUGUCCUAUCGAACUAUGAUCUUACGUGCCCUUGACAUCAUAACCAUUGUCGUUCCACCGGCGUUGCCAGCCACACUCACCAUUGGAACUUCUUUUGCCUUGGCAAGAUUGAAGAAGGCCCAGAUCUACUGCAUCGCCCCCACCAGGGUGAACAUCGGCGGGAAAGUUGACGUUCUCUGCUUUGACAAGACCGGGACGUUGACUGAGGACGGCUUGGAUGUGUUGGGGGUCCAUUUGGCCACCAAUGCGAAGGACAGAAGGGAGUAUAUUUUCAACGAGUUGGUUUGUACAGUCGGUGUGUUGCCAUUGGAGAGAGACUCCAUCCACGACUCGAACAAUGGGUCCAAGCUCUUAGCUUGUAUGGCCACCUGCCACACCUUGCGAGUUAUCGACGAGGAGUUGGUCGGGGAUCCGUUGGAUUACAAGAUGUUUGACUUCACCGAGUGGUCUUACGACGAGGACUACCAGCUUCCGGACGCCGGGCCCCAGGAUUUCCCGAUUGCGUACCCAAUGCUCCAGAAGUCCCAGGGGUUCGUCACGGUGAAGUCAUUCGAGUUUGUGUCUCAGUUGAGAAGGAUGUCUGUUGUGGUGCAGUCAGUCGCCUCUGGCGAGAUGCUGGUGUAUGUGAAGGGCGCCCCUGAGGUUAUGGUAGAUAUCUGUAACCCCGAGACGCUUCCAUCAAAUUUCCAGGAAUUGUUGCGCUUCUAUACCCACAACGGUUACAGAGUGAUUGCCUGUGCUGGUAAGCUGGUCAAGCAGGUUUCAGUCGACAGAGAUGACGCUGAAUCCCAGUUGGAUUUCUUGGGGUUUAUUGUGUUUGAAAACAAGUUGAAAGCUUCGACCAAGGGCACGUUGGCGGAAUUGAGACAGGCGCAGUUGAGAACCGUCAUGUGCACCGGUGACAACAUUUUGACGGCCAUCAGCGUUGGACGUGAAUGUGGCUUAGUUCCACCCGACGUGAAGGUGUUUGUUCCUUCCUGGGUGCAAUCUGAAAAUCGCACCAAUCUCGUAUGGGAAGACGUGGACGAUGCAGACGCUCAUCUUGACCCCAUCACCUUGACUCCUUUGCAACCAGUUAAGGACUACAAGCUUGCCGUCACUGGCGAUGUUUUCCGUUACAUCUUGACCGAGUUGAAUGAACAGGGUGUUUCUGAAGGCAUGCUUAUGAAGAGUAACAUUUUUGCCAGAAUGUCGCCUGACGAAAAGCAUGAGUUGGUUGAAAGGUUGCAGAAGCUUGACUAUACUGUCGGGUUCUGCGGUGACGGUGCUAACGAUUGUGGUGCGUUGAAGGCAGCCGAUGUUGGUAUCUCAUUAUCCGAGGCUGAAGCUUCUAUCGCCGCGCCGUUUACCUCUCGUGUGUUUGAAAUCUCUUGUGUGUUGGAUGUUAUCAAGGAGGGUAGGUCAGCUUUGGUCACAUCUUUUUCGUGCUUCCAGUACAUGUCGUUGUAUUCUGCCAUUCAGUUCAUGACCAUUACGAUUCUCUACAUGCGAGGAUCCAACCUUGGUGAUUUCCAGUUUUUGUACAUUGACUUGUUUUUGAUCUUACCGAUUGCCAUCUUUAUGGCUUGGUCCAAGCCAUUCCCAAGGCUAUGUGUCAAGAGACCGACGGCUAACUUGGUGUCGCCAAAGAUUUUGAUUCCAAUGUUGUGCAACAUUGUCGUGAUUCUAGUUUUCCAGAUUUCGCUCUGGAGAUACGUACAGAAGCAGCCUUGGUACAUUCACCCAAUUCCCGGCGACGACGACGCCGUUCAGUCUUCUGACAACACCGUUUUGUUCGACUUUUCUAACUACCAGUAUAUUUUGGUGGCGUUGGUGUUGACUACGGGUCCGCCAUACCGCCAACCAGUCUCCAAGAACAUCCCCUUCAUUUUGAACGUUAUUGUGGCAAUCCUCAUAUCUACGAUGAUUAUGUUGCUUGAUCCGGAAUCGUGGUUGGGCCAACUAUUAGAUUUGACCUCGAUCUCGCAUUCGUUCAAGCUUUUGGUCACCGUCACCUGGGUCGGUAAUUUGGGGGUGAUGUUGUUCUGCGAUGCCUACUUAUACAAACAGCUUGCAAGAGUCUACAAGAAGUUUUCUGCUCAUUCCGGCAGCAAGAAGAGAUUCAAGAACUUGAGGGCCCAAGAAGUCGUGUCUGUUUAGCCAUGCAGAUUUCCUAUUUCAUAUUAAGCCGAGAUCAAUUUUUUCGUUUUCUCCUUUUGGUUUCUUUUUACCGAAUGCUGUUAAAGUGUGGUCUUCUAGUCCAAUCGGUAUUAUAUAAUAGAUUGAUUGCCAUAGCU